AUGAAAACGAAUGCGCAAGAAAGUAGAGGACCGGCCGGGCCGAAAGGUUACAGAAGAGGGCGCAAAGGUGGAGAUGAGCGGGAGACGAAGAAUGAGUUCGAGAUCGAGUGGCAGCCCAGGGUCUCAACUGUUGCAGUUACUGGACGCCCAGACGAGAUCAGGGUCCAAACCUUCUUUUUUCUCGUCCUGCUCCACCUUGAUCUCGAAGGAUCGCAGCACCAUCGCAUUCGGCGCAUGUCGGUCGAGCCGGGCUUCCUUCCGAGUCGCGACCUUCGCAGCUUGAAGGCGCUCGACUUGGCUUCUCCGGAAUGCCUCGAUAGCGUACGCAGUAACCUCGACAGCUUGGCUCGCUUGCUCGGCGCCAGCGGUGGCCGCAUCCUUCACGCUCCCCCGCAACAAGUCCAGUCUCGCCCCCAGCCAAGCGAAGCUAACGAACCCGCGGUCGAACACCCGCCCGCGCAAGUCGAUGCCUUUGAAAGAAAUUACGUCGCAAGAUGGCUCUCCCGGCUCAUCUCGGACCUCACCUUGACCCUUCCGCACGACGACGAUGCAGCAUCGCUGGCGGAACAACUCUCGGAACGAUGCGCCGCUCUGCUCGCAAUCGCGGCCGGCAAAAUGGCGGCCGGUGCAUCUACCCAGAAGCAUGUGUUUCAGUUCGACCAGCAGCUACUCGAGGUCGACCUCAGGGACGCUGCGCUUGUACACGACUCUCUAGGCACCCAUACCUGGGGUGCCGCUCCCAUACUUUCGCAACUUCUCGUGCAUCGUGAAGCUCAAGCCGCUCGCGACUUGAACGUCCUCGAGCUUGGUGCCGGUACUGGCCUUGUUGGUCUUGCUCUUGCUGCAUGGGCACGUCGUCAUCGAGAAGCGUACCACACGCGCAUCAUGUGCACCGAUUAUCAUCCUACCGUGCUUGACAAUCUCGAGCACAAUAUCACCCUCAAUGGCUGGUCCGCUUCCAAUCCAGGCAUGCACGACUACGCACAUAAGCCGCCACCGGUCUCCGUCACAGCUCACUGUCUCGAUUGGCAAAGCGUCCAUCGAGCCCGAAUCGGCCGCAUUUCUGGCAAGCAACAGCAGUUGACCUCGCAGACCUUGCCCGACCAUCACCUCGUCGCCGCAUCUGCAUCUGGUUCGAGCUGGCUUGAAUCGUUCGACGUCGAAGCCCAUUCGGGCGCAUUCGAUGUCCUGAUUGCUGCAGACUGUGUAUACGAUCCGGUCCAUCCCUCGUGGAUCCGUUCAGUGGCCGAGAAGCUGCUCAAGAAGCCGAACGCGUCCCUCACCAACGAACCGCUUCUGCACAUAAUGGUGCCGCUGAGGCCGACGCAUCAGCAAGAGGUGCAAGCUGUUUACCGAGCUUUCCAGUCACAGCCCGGGCUACGCGACCCUCAGCUCAAUAUCCUCUGCGAGCAGGAUUACCACGGCCACGAAAACUUUGGAGCUUGGAAUGCUGUCGUCAGGUCCGACUCUGCAUCUACUAGUCAACCCGAAGGUGGUCUUGCCAGGACCUACCGGUGGUUCCAGAUCGGCUGGCAUGAGUAG